AUGGGCAACGCGCUCGGCACGAAGAAGACGCUGAAGGAGCAGCUGCGCGAGAACAAGCGCGAGAUCAACCGCGCGGUGCGGCAGCUCGACCGCGAGCGCACGAACCUGCAGCUGCAGGAGAAGAAGCUCAUUAUCGAGAUCAAGAAGAUGGCCAAACAGGGGCAAAUUGCGAGCGUCAAGAUCAUGGCCAAAGACCUGGUGCGGACGCGCCAGCACGUGACGAAGUUCUACACGAUGCGGUCCCAGCUCCAGGCGGUCUCCUUGCGCCUGGACACGGCCCAGUCGGCUGAAGCAAUGACGUCGGCGCUGCAGGGCACGACGACUGCGAUGAAGGCCAUGGCGACGACAAUGAACUUGCCGCGCCUGAAUCAAAUCAUGAUGGAGUAUACCAAGGAGAGCGAGAAGAUGGAGUUGACGCAGGAGACCGUGGGCGACACGAUCGAUGACAUCAUGGACGCGGACCAAGACGAAGAAGAAGAGGAGAAGAUUGUCGGACAGGUACUGGACGAAAUCGGCAUUGACAUGACAGGGGCCGUGCCUGAAGCCCCAACAGCUCAGGUGGCACGGACAGCUGUUACGGAAAAAGCGGUGCCGGCAGCAGUGCAGCUACCUGCUGCUCCCGUGGCUGCAGGCGACGGCGGGUCGACGGACUCGGCGAUCAGCGACCUCGAGAAGCGGCUCAACAACUUGCGGCGGUCGUGA